GCGGCCUUUCCUCCCCUUCUCCUGGAAAGGCUGUUUUGCGCCUGCGUGCUCGGGAGAACCUCUGGCCCGGAGACCGAGCAGAAAGUCCAGAAAGGGCUUCCAAUUCUCUGAUUAAAGCAGCUGGUUUUGCCAUCAGCCAACUCCAACAACUUUCACCGUCCAUUCUUCCAUUGCAGAAUUCUAGCUGGAAAAGACUUAAUAACUGAACAGAAAAAAAGUAAAGAUACCCCCCCCCCCCCGUAUUAUUGGAAUGUAGAUAGUAAUUUCCCCCUGUGUAUUAUUAGAAGGCAGAUUGUCCAUUUAUUUGAUUUACAUCAUUUUUAAGCUUCUAAUUGGAAUCCUGAUGGUUCCUUUGUAUCGGUACCUGGGAUUGGCUCUUCCCCAGUUAAGCAGGGCAACAAAUAUACGUACUUUCAGCCUCAGCAAUGUGUGCAGUUAUAUCCAGAAAUUGACUCGUGUGCGAGUGGUUGAUAACAGCGCCUUGGGGAACACACCGUAUCACCGGCCUCCAAAAUGUAUCCACGUCUACACCAAAAACGGAGUGGGCAAAGUGGGUGAUCGAAUUCUUCUGGCUAUUAAAGGGGAAAAGAAAAAGGCGUUAAUUGUCGGGUGCAAGUUUCCCGGGCCUUGCAUGACUCCUCGGUUUGAUUCUAACAACGUGGUGCUCAUCGAAGAUAAUGGGAAUCCAGUUGGGACACGGAUCAAAACACCUAUACCUUCUCUGCUGAGGAAAAAAAAAGAAUUCUCCAAAGUGUUGGCCAUUGCCACAGACUUUGUGUGACUUCCCUGGGAGGGCAUCGCAUGACAAAGAAGGGGAUGUUGUGGGAGUGUCCCCUGAGUUGCAUUUCUCUUUUCAUUCCCAGAAUUGAGGAAGAAGUAUUUGAAAAAAAGUAGGAAGAGGAUGGCAGGGAGUGCUAAGACAUCUUUGGGGGAAAUACACUUUCCAUUAUUUUGGGUAACAAUUGCUCUUCUGAACUAAUUUAAUUAAAGGCAGAGUGUUAAAUAACUGUUUUGUAUGAUUUAUGGUUUUGAAAGAGGUGGAAAAGGAGAAAGCAAAGGCUGGGAGUGUCAAAGAUUUGACCAUCGUCUGUUCUUUUCUAUAGAUCUCCAGUUAUUUUUGUGAGUUAUUUCUUCCCCAGUUUUAUUCUUAAAACAUCCUGUGCAUUGUUCAGAUUCCAGCCAGCAAUAACUUUAAAAGUAAAUUCCAGCAUGGUUUUAUGCAAUGGAUAAAGGCAAAUAAAAAGGAAAUGGCAAAUAAAGAAUGUCAUAAAUAACAUUACUAUUCCCGCUUCUCUCCCUUUUUCACUUUCUUAAACAAUACCUUACUUUAUUCUUACAACGAGGUUCCCCACUCUGUUAUUUUUAUUCUGUCACGUUUUCAUUUUUUCUUUCGCAUUUUGAUAAUUUAUCUUUCCUCAUUGUUUACAGAUGCUUUCUGCACACUGAAUUAAACCCAGUAGUUUGGGAUUUCACUAACCAAUGUGAAGGACACAGGUCACCCUGUUAAUCAAUAGGUUAAACAUCAUUCAGAGUUGAUAAUAAUGUAGGUUUAAUUUAUGUGUAAGUUCUAUAUCUUAUCUGCGAGCUAGUAUCCUCCUCCCAUUUCCUCACAACUUUUGUGUGAGGUAGGUUGGCCGAGAGUCAGGGAGUGACUCAAAGUCUCCCAGUGAAUUGCUAUGGCUGAGGGAGUCCUGAAGUUGGUUCUCCUAGAGCACGGGUGUCAAAUUCACGGCAUCACUCACGUGACAUUUUGCAACACUUUACCCAUUCAUUGAGCUGGAGUGGGUGUGGCCUGCCUGUGACGCAUUCAGCCUGCGAGCCCCCAAUUUAACACCCCUGUCCUAGAGUCUAGUGCAGCACCUACAUCAUACUCUCAUUUAAUUUAAAUAAAUAGUGUUAGAAAGAAAGAGUAUGUGCAUUGCAUGCUUGCUUCCCCCAAACUAAUGCUCUACAGAUAUAUUGUGCUCACACCCUGUGCUGGUUCUGGAUGAUGAAAAUUGCAAUCCACUGGAGGCAUGGAUUGCAGAAUGCUUCUGAAAUGGUUUUUCAGAAUUAAAUCCUGAUACCAUGCCCAUCUUUCCAGCCUUCAUAAAUUAUGAGCCCUUAGGAUAUUCAGGUUACUCAUGUACCAUCGGGAGGUUUCCAAUUGCUCAGUCCUUUGUUUUUUCUUUUCUUUUUAUCUGCAAUCUAUGCCAUAUAAACCCUGAUUUUGUAUUGGUAGCUGAAUAAAUUAGGGGCACCAAAUAUAAAUUAUGCAAAUCUCAUGAGUGGAAUUGUGGCCUUUAUGUUAUUGAUGAAUAGCUUUUGACCUUCUGAGAGUUACUGCUAUGCAAAGCCUUUUAUCACUGGCAUUCUGUUUUACUUCGACACAGAAAAUAAAGUCUAACCAGAAUAAUCAUGGCAAAACUCUGGAUUUCCACAACAUGGAAGUAUAAAUCUUUGGUUGUAUCCCCACAGGGAUAGGUAGUUCCUCCAAAGGAUUUUAGAUGUAAGGACUGAUAUGGUAGAAAAAAAAUGUAAGAUUGUAGAAAAAUUGUAGGAGAUUCAAUAUUUAGUAUUUUAAAAGCAGAGUUAGCAUGUAAAGAACAAGAGUGAAAAUCCUUAGUUGGUUUAUUCCAGGGGUGGCUGAGGAAUUCUGGGAGUUGAAGUCCACAAGUCUUAAAGUUGCCAAGGUUGCACACUCCUGGUUUAUUCUGUGGGGAGGAUGGAAGAUUUUUUUUUUUCUCAUUGUGCCAUCUUGUGGUGAUUCAUGUCUAUGUGCUUCUGGCUUGAUUUCAAGAAUUUUGUUUGUUGAGAAAAACUUUCAGCAUUGAAUAUAUGUAAAAUGCUUUUGUUCUCUUCUGUUA